CGUAACACUCAUGUCAUACCAAAACACACUUUAAAUGCAAAUGUUAUGCAAUUGUCAUUCAAUACAUACAACACUCACUCACACCCACUGUCUCUCACUUUCUCAUAGUAUUUGUGGAUAACUUUCUUAUGAAUGACUCAAUAGAUGGCAAUCAAUGAUAUGAUAUGAGACACAAAUUGUCAACAAAUGAGUACACAAUUGAAGACACUUUUAAUUGAUUGGACACUCAUUUGGUGAUCACUUUAGUGAAGAUAUUAUUACUUGAUUUAACAUUUUAUGUUUUGAAGUGUUGUCUUAUAGACAUUGUUUUGAUAACAAUGAGUGAUAUACAGACACAGAUGGCCGACGGCGAUGACAACGACUGGUUUCCCGAAGAGCUUCAGUACACUCCUGUGCCAUACAUAUCACUGGUAGGUCUGAGCGCUCAAACUAAUGCCAUCCACGCCUUGAUUUGGAACUCAUUUACUGUAAAUCGCGGAUCAGAUCGAUCACCGCUUUAUUUCAAACAAAUCACUGAUAACUACACAUUCAUUGCAUCCAAACCUAAAAAGUCUUCAUAUGAGUGGCACAUUCCCAAAGGCAUUCUCAAGUCAUUGUGGCUGAAGAAGCAUUUGUUUGACAUUCCGUCGGUUUGCGUCUUAUUUUUUGAACUCAAUUGGGAUGACUUAAACUGGAAUCAAAAGCGUACCGAUUGUGUGGCCAGAGUUGAGUAUCUGAAACGAGUUCUUCACUUAAGGAACACAAAGAUCACAUUAGUUCUCAUCCAAACAUCAACACCAUUACCAUCGGAUGAUUCUUUAGUUACCGAAAGAGCAGCACUUCUUUGCAAUUCCUGUGAUCUUAACGCUAAGUCACUGUUUGUUCUUCCAGUUAGUGAUGUCUCGCAAAUAAUGGAAUACAUAUUGAGAAUGGAAUCAGCUUUGUAUGAAUUGUCGAAAUUGUAUUAUCACAAUGAAUGCAAACUUGUCAAAUCACAUGCGGAUCAGCUCAAUAAGACAACUCAUCAAUUACUUUAUGUGAGACAUCAGUUUAAGAUAGCUUUUUAUAGUGAACUAAAACAGGACCCAAACACUGCUCUCAAGCAUUACAAGAAUGCUUUUGCAUAUCUAAUGGAAGUGAGACUCACUUUAACCAAUUUAUAUGAAAUCAAAACAAUCGGUGGUUUUAUUAAUUACAAGAUUUGCAAAUUGUGUUUUCAGUUGAGUACACCAUUGGAUGCAAUCUCUCAGUUUAGGCGACACAUCGAUAUAUUUAAAGGCAAAUGUGAACCUAAAGAGAUCGAGUUCGAGCACUCGGCGUGGCUAUCGAAACAGUUCUCACUUUUUGCCAGUCUUUUUGAAUUUGCUAUAAUCUCUGGUUUAGUCGCUUCUCAGGUGCAAAAUCCGGGCACUUAUUAUUUGGAUGCAGCCCUUCAAACAAUGAAUAGAAGAAAACUUUGUCUCUCUAUAUGUUCUCCAAUUGAAUUCAAUUCAUUAACUGUUGAAGAAAUUGAUUUAUUUAAUUCAGUUUUGCAAUCAAAUCAAGAAAUGGAGUUUUUCGGACAGAGGUCGUGGAGACCGGGCUGUCAAACACUCGAACCAUUGGAUGCCGACAAAGAAAGAAUUGGAUUAAAAGGAUUGCAAUAUAAAGAAUAUACUAAUAUCGGUAGUCUAUCGGCGCAAAUAAUAUUAUCAUUAAGUAAUGCCAUCAAUCAAUUGAAAAAAUAUCACUGUUUAAGAAUGCAAAGAUAUUUAAUGGUUUUAGUGGCCGACGAGUACUUAUAUAACAGAGAUUAUAGUAAUGCUCUCACAUUUCUCAACAAUGUUUUACCUAAUUAUAGACACGAACGUUGGCUACCAUUGAUUGAACAUAUUUUGAUGAUUGCACUUAAAGCCGCUUAUCUAUCCGCUGAUGUAAUUAAUUUUGUUAAAUUAGGUCUUGAAAUUAUGGCAUCCAAUUGUUAUGACUCGCAAUAUAAAAUUGCAAUACAAGACAGUAUUAAUAACAUAAUUCAGAAACAAUCGCCACUUUUGUUGCAAUUUGUUGAUGAAAAUGAUGCUAUGAAUGCAUUAAAUUUAUGGACAAAUGCAUUAUCACUGAUUUCAGACAAAAUUGAGAUAAAUAUGAAAAUGGAAUCAUUGAUGACUUUUAUUGAAUGUAAACCGAAAUUUUCAAGUAAUAUAAUAAUUAAUGACAAAACUAUUGAAUUGAAUCUUCAAAUCAAAUCAUUACUUCCCAAACAAAUUCAAUUAACAAAACUUAACAUUUUAUUUACAAAUGAGAUUUAUAAUCAAUUUUGUCAAAUAACGCAUACAUUAGACAAUACUAGUGAUAAUAGUUUGAUAUUGAAACCAUACAUUUGUCAAAAGUUUUUAUUCAAUAUUACUCCUAAUUUUACUGAAGACAGUCAUCAAAGUAUAGUCAUCACAGAUGUAUUACUAGCUUUUGAAACUCAAUUUUUUAAUAUAUUAAUGCAAUGGAAAUACAAUGAAAACAAUGAUUACGACACCAAAUGUAUGGCAAAGUCUAGUAUAAGACCUGUUGUCACAUAUAAUAUAUACGAUACACCAUCAACAGCACACCCUAGUAGUACUAUGCCUACCGUUUUGGACAACAAUUCACCGAUUUUUGUUGAACUUAAAUAUCCGGAUCAAUGUGUGGCACGAAAUCCAAUGAUUUUACGCUAUAAUAUAUUAAAUAAAACUGAUAGUGAAUUGUUAUUAGAGCUAUCAAUGGGAACAUCCGAUAAUUUUAUGUAUUCUGGAAAUAAAUUGAUUAAUAUAGUAUUGAAAACUAAUGAAAAUGUUGGACAAUACUUCAUAUUAUAUCCAUUGAUCUGUGGAACACUUGAAUUACCUAAACUUAAAAUAUCUAUUCAUCAGAAAGUAGGUGUUUCCUCUAAACAAAUUGAUUUUAUGGAUCCAAUAUUGCCAGAUCAUUUAUUUAUUUUUCCACAAACUAAAAUAUUAAACGAUAUAUUACACCAAAAUUGUUGAUACCAUGUUAUACCUGU